UUUACAAUGAAAGUGGUACUCAGGAGACAGACCAAAAAAAUGAGCCUAAUGGAUAUCACUAAGAUAUUCUCCAUGCUCCAGCCCAGAGAAGAUGAAGAAGGUAACAGAGAAAGCGAGGAGCUGAACCAAGCAGUAUCCGAGGAUGAUUAUCAAACCCUUGACAGGCUCCUGAGCCAAGACAGGUACAAGAGGGUCAUCAACAGCCGGAGCGGCUGGGGCGUUCCCAGCACCCCGCUGCGCCUGGCUGCCUCCAAGGGCCACCUCCGGAGCCUGGAGGUCCUCUUGGCCCACGGGGCAGAGGUGGACAGCCUGGACGUGAAGGCCCAAACCCCGCUCUUCACGGCGGUCAGCAACGGCCACCUGGAGUGCGUGAAAGCGCUGCUGGAGGCAGGGGCUAGUCCCUCCGGCAGCAUCUACAACAACAGCUCGCCGCUGCUCACCGCAGCCAGGGACGGGGACCUUGGCAUCCUGCAGCAGCUCCUGGACCACGGCGCGGAGGCCAACGUCCACGCGAGGGUGCCCGAGUGGGCCGCCAACUCCGCCGCCUGCUCUGGCCCUCUGUACCUCGCGGCUGUCUACGGGCACCUGGCGUGCUUCAGGAUGCUGCUGCUCUACGGCGCCGAUCCCAACUACAACUGCACCGAAGAGAAGAUGAUCGCGCGCAUCAAGGAGCCCAAGACUCUGCUGGAAAUCUGCCUGAGGCACGGCUGCCGGCGUGAGUUCAUCAAGCUGCUCCUCGACUUUGGAGCCGACGUCUAUUUGCCAAAAGUCACGGUGGAAAAGAUGCCACCCGGUAGCGAGGGCCUGGAGCUGCUGUUGCAGGCGAGAGCUCAUCCCAAAUCCUUGAUGUCUCAGUCCAGGCUGGCGGUGAGGCGCCUCCUGAAGCAGGCUGGCCACGCGCAGGCCCUCGGCGAGCUGGACAUCCCCCCGGUGCUGGUGAGCUACCUCCGACAUCAGCUUUAG